GUGAACGAGAUUAAUCAUUAUUUAUGUUAUGUAUAGUUACUCAAUAAUAGUGACCUUACCUACUUUCUAUUCUUCUAUUCAUUGCAAUGUUUUGAACUUUUCUUAUGUUUUAAUACUAUGUGACGACUUUAAUGAAGAGAUUAGCAAUUCUCGUUCAGUGCUUACUUUGUAGCUCUUACGUUGACCCUGUCAUUAUUUAGAUUGCAUUAAUUCAAUUAAACUGGAUAAAUAAGAUAAGAAAAAGCAUCUCAUGCACCAAACAAUGGAAGCAGGUUUCAAGAAUGGUGUUAUAUCUUUGAAUGAACGCGCUGGUAUUUAUUAUGCUGGUCAAGAAAUAUCGGGAGCAUUAAAUUUCAAAUUGGAGCAUACCUUAACGUUUAGAGCUAUAACUCUUCAAAUAACUGGUGCGGGCAGGGUGCAGUGGAUUGAAAAAGAGACUAUAAAAUACCAUGAUAUGAAACAUUAUGGUGAGACUAUGUAUAAGGGCACUGAGGAGUACUUCAACCAUGUCCAGAUUUUGUGUGGCGGCCAAGGAGUAUCACAACUUCAGCCACAGGAUUACACAUUGACCUUCAAGUUUCAAAUACCACAUUCAGCGCCAUCUUCCUUCAAAGGAAACCACGGAUAUGUGUGUUAUCAUAUAGUCGCUUAUAUAGAGUUUCUGGACCCUCUGAUGCCAUGCGAGGAGGUGAUGAGGGAGAUUCAAGUCAUUGCUCCUUAUAGAUUGUAUAAAAGUCGUCUUAGUAUAAAUGAACCGAUAACAUUGAUUUUCGAUGAGAUGUAUUCAUCUGGCUGUUUAUGUGAGCCCAAUCCCCUACACAUCACCAUAGUGCUGUCCCGGUCUGGAUUCUGUCCUGGAGAUACGGUUCCAAUUACAGUGAAGGCUGUUAACGAAUCUGGAGUUAAAGUUUUGGCUAUUAUAUUUGAAAUUUCUGAUGAAACCCUUGCUAAUAUUCAGGUGACCCGGUACCGCAGCCAGCGGCCCCGCGCGGAGAUGUCGCCGGCAGCUGUAGUGUUGGCGGAGGGUCGCACGGCGCCGCUAGCGGCCCACGCCCGCCGGUCCUUCUCCUGCGACCUCAAGAUUCCGCAAAUGAUGGUGUACGACCUGCGCAACUGCUCCCUCAUCGAUGUGCUGUACUAUUUUAAGGCAACAAUCAAACUGUCCGGUUUUAACAGUAACCGAGAACAGGUGUCCGAAAUACAACUGGGAAUGAUACCGCUGGACAAGAAGUCAGUAGCCUGGGAUACUUCGUUCGCAGAUCAGCUACCCAAGAGUCCACCCCCAGACCCGAGCACCCCGACCACUCCAGGCAUUACAGCAUUCGAGCCAGGUUUUAAAGUCACACCGGUACCCGUCAUGUCUAGCUUCCAGAUCACUAAACCAUACCCGGUUGAAAUUGGCUUCAGAGUGUCCAAUACAGAUUUGUCAAAUACACUUUAUGGUUAUCAUGCGCCGUACAAUCAUGACGGGGCGCCUGGAGGGAACUUAACAAAUAAUGAACCUCCAUACCCGUUAUCACAACCGUCAGCGCCAUCUAUGCUUUAAUAUCUUGAGUAGAAAAGAUUCAAAAUUGGAAUUAGCACUGUUUUACGCUUUACAUUGUAUAAUGUGUUAUUUUAAUUUAAAACACGCACAUGCGCACGCGCACGUGCAGACAUAUAAUCACUACAUGCACACAACAAACAUACACACUUCUAGUAUUAAUUCCACCCCACCUACUUACUAAUAUUGUAUGUUUGUAUGUGGUAAUGUGUAAGUGAAACAAGAUUAUGCCUAUAAAAAAAAUUAUUCAAGGUUUUUCUCAAAUCCCAUGGGAUUAUCAAAUUUAUAAAUAAAAAAAUAGAUUGUGAUAAUAAAAAAAAAAAUCAAGAAAAAUUAUGCCACAAUCAUUACUGUCGGAAAUUUAUUUUUUGUAACUGGGUUUGAUAUGUAACGAUAUUAAAUUUAAGUUUCGAUAAAAACGAAAUAAUUUAUAAUUUACGAACUAAAGUACAUUUGGCCAUUCGAAAACGAGAAAAAACAGGAGUUGCCAUAUGAAUUAAUGCAAAAAAUACAAUUAUUACUGGCAAGUAAAAGAAAAGUUGCUAUUUUUAAUUAUUCACGAUUAAGAAUGAACUAUAAAAGUUCUCUUUUCUGUGUACACGGGUUAUUUUCUUAAAUAUAGUUAGUAUACUUUAGUUUUUUCAAUUCAAUAUAUUUGUUUAUCUAGUCCAUUCACAUGUACUACACAAUGUCGCAGCGACAAAAAGUGGUUACGUGUGUUAGUACUGCAGCAUUUUGCAAUUGAGUCGAUAACCUAUUAUUUGGUUACAUAAUUAAUACAUAAUUCCCCAUAAAAUACGCACGAACGAUAAUUAUGUACGAAAUAAGUACAUCAAAUAGCGAUUUAAAAAAUAUUUCUAAAACAUGUUGGAUAAAGCUGUUUAUGGGACCUGAUUUAAUAUUUUUAGUAUUAAUCCUUAAAAGCCUGAUUUUUUAAAUCAAAUUAAAAAAUAUAUAAGGGCACACUUAUACUUUUACUAUUGGGAAAAAAUAGUAAAAAAAUCAAAACGAUAUUUUUAUAUAUUUAUUUUGAAAAAAAAAAAAACAUUUGGUAACAUGUAAAUAGCCAAAUAUUAAAAUAAAAUCGAUUGUAGGCGCCGAAUGCGUUUUAUAACCCCGGUAUCAAAUUUGAAACUUCAGGUAUUUAAGGUUUAAAUAUACUCUUAAAUUUAAUGUUGGAGAAUAAAUUAAUCUCAUUAUAUUGUUAGUUAAAUAUUAUUAUUACAGUUUUUAACUGUUAUAUGUAUAUAUUGCUUCGAUACAUAUGUAUAUUAGAUUCGAAACCUACAACUUGUUGUAGUAGAGAAAAAAAAACAAUGAAAACACUAUUAAAUUUUUUUUUAAUUUUUCAAAAUUAAUAAUAUUGAUUGUUAUUUUUAUAUUAAAAUAUAAAAAGUAAGUAGAUAAUAAUGUAGUUAUAUUUUUUUACGGGUUUCUAAUACUACUUCAGAGCUCCUAGUGUAAGUUACACAUAGAUAUAAUAUCGAAAUACCAAUAUAGAUAUUUUAUAUUUAAAAACCUAGCUGCGCCUCUAUCGGUUAGUUUUGGAAACUCAUUUCCAUACAAACUUUUCGACGUAAAUGAGAACGCGGUCGUUGCGUAAAUUUUUGUGCAACUCACACUAGACGCUCUGAAGUGAGAGUUAAGUCUCGAAAAUUAAAAAUAUCAAUAAUAUUGAUGUUACCAAGGUAUGCCUUAUUUAUGUAUUCAUUAUUUAAUGUACUGCCAUCCGUCCACCUUAUUUAGAUUAAAAUCUAUUUUUACAUAUGCAUAGGCUUACAUAAUAUAAAAAAAAAAAUAACAACGUACAUAGGCGGACUUAUCCCUCAGAGGGAUUUUUUCAGCCAUAUUUACAUACUUUUAUAAUUUUUUGUAAAUGUGUGCUAUAAGUACUUGUUGAUGCCAUAUUAUGCAUGUUAAGUAUCUUCUCUGAAUUGGAUAUAAGCAAGAUUAAAACAUGCAUAUUGUUAAAAUGCCAUAAAAUGACGAAAAAGUAAUUAAAAGUUUUGAUAUGAAAUCAUAAUAUAUACAUAUUAUGUAUUAUAGAUGAAUGACUGUUAAGUUUUGUAAGAAAACUUUAUUUACUUGCAGUUCAGUCAUCAAUAGUAUGUAACUAUUGUAACCUAGACUUUGUCAUAAAUACAUACCUAUAGACAAUUCUUUACAUUUUAAAAUAUUUAUUUAAUAAAGUUUUGUUUUGUCAAAACACAAAGAUAUUAAUAUAUUAUUUCAGGUGACUGUACUUUAUCUAAAAACCUAGAGAACGCAAUAAUCAUAUUAGUUGAAAUGAAAUGAAAUAUUUUAAAUGUUAUAUAUCAAAUGCCAAUAAAAGUCUAGAGAACCUAAUGAUUAUAAUAGCUGAAUUCAAAUGUGGUAUUUCAAAUGUCAAUGAAAGCAUAGAGAACCUUAUGAUUGUAAUAGCUGAAUUCAAAUGUUAUAUUUCAAAUGUCAAUGAAUGUCUAGAGAACCUAAAUGGUUAUAAUAGCUGAAUUCAAACAUUAUAUUUCAAAUGUCAAUAAAAGCCUAGAGAAUCUAAUAAUUAUAAUAGUUAAAUUCAAGUGUUAUAUUUCAAAUGUCAAUGAAAGUCUAGAGAACCUAAUGAUUAUAAUAGUUGAGUUAAAAUGUUAUAUUUCAAAUGUUAAUGAAAGCCUGGAGAACCUAAUGAUUAUAAUAGCUGAAUUCAAAUGUGAUAUUUCAAAUGUUAAUGAAAGCCUAGAGAAUCUCAUACUCACUUGGCUAUAAUUGUGUUCAUUAUAAUAAGAUAUAGUUAAUAUAGUUAGAAUUGAUGUUUACUAAUUAAAAUUUUAUGAUGGUAACUAAAUUAAGCACAAUUUAUUAAUAUAGUUUGUUAUAUAAUCUUAAUAUAUAAAUUAAAAACAUUGUGACAUAUAUACAGAACUGAUGACUGUUUUUAAUUUUAUAUCUUUAUUGUCUUGUUGCAUAUGAAAUUAUUCCAUUAUUAUAUUUUUA